AUGGCGGUUUCCUGUUUACCUAUUCUGUUUCUUCUUGUUCCAAGUUCACUUGCUUCUCUCCCAGAUUUAGGAUAUCCUGGCUGGCAGUGUGAUGCAUUACUGUAUCAGAAAAGCCAGAAAGUGCCAACUUCUGCUCACUCUGUUCGUUUCUCUGACAUCAAAAUCAUCGGAGCACUCGGAGAUUCUCUGACUGCUGCAAAUGGAGCAGGCGCACCAAAAGGGGAUCCAUUGGCUGUGAUUCUACAGUACAGAGGACUUGCAUUCCAAAUUGGAGGAGACUCGUCACUGGAUGAACAUGUUACUGUGGCGAAUGUAAUGAAAAAGUUUAGUCCGAAUAUCAUGGGAUACUCGACAGGGAUUGGAAGUGCCAAUGUUUGGGAAGUGUCAAAGUUGAAUCAAGCAGUUCCAGGUGCACAGGCUGCUGAUAUUAUCACUCAGGCUAGAGCACUCGUUCAGAUUAUGCACAGUCAUAAAGAUAUCGACAUCAAAAACGAUUGGAAGCUUAUCAAUGUGUUUAUCGGAGCAAACGACAUGUGUCGAUAUUGCGAAGAGAAAGAAAAUGGAGUUCAUUCAAAGGCGAAUUGGAAACAGAAUGUGAUCACUGCUAUUCAGAUUUUGAAAGAUAAUUUGCCGAGAACGAUAGUAUCAAUGACUGGAAUGUUCGAUAUGAGAAUGCUCCGUCAAAUCGAUCAUGACAAGUAUUUCUGCGAUGGUCUCCAUGUGUUCGAAUGUCCUUGUGAGAAGAAAACUUCGUUCACCAACGACGACGUCUCCCAGGCUUGUCACCUCUAUAUGGAUGCUCAACAGGAAAUCCAAGAUUCUGGAAUAUUCGACACCACUGACGACUUCACAUUCGUCCUCCAACCGUUCUUCAAUGGCAUCACAAUUCCACCCCUCAAACCAGACGGAGAAGUGAAUUUGGAUUGGUUCGCACCGGAUUGUUUCCAUUUCUCAAGACUCGGACAUGCCAAUGUGGCAAAGCAUUUGUGGAAUAAUAUCGUUCAGCCAGUUGGGUCGAAGAAUCACAAAGUAGACCUCUCGGAUCCAACUAUCCCAUUGAACUGUCCAGAUACAUCUUGUCCAUUUAUCAGAACAACCAAGAAUAGUGUCGAUUGCUCCAAAUAUUUGACUAACUAA